CGUCAACGUAACCCCCCUCGAUUAGAUUCUCCUCCAAGGAUAACAGCGUAAUUUGCACUCUACCUCCCCUCCGUUCCCGGUUCCUUGUUCCCACCAUCUUCUCCGACGCGGCAUCUCUCUCUCUCUCUCUCUCUCUCUCUCUCUCUCUAUACGUUAGACACGCAAACAUGUUCAUAGACUGACAGAUACAAGCAAAAAGAAUGUAUAUGUAGUAGUAGUAAUACAUUUCUCUCAAAGAACGAUUUUGUCUUCCUCAUUCUCCAUUCAACAAAUCCCCUAAUUUUACUCGAUUCCUCUGGGGGGGUUUUUUUCACGAGUUUAUUCAUUCAUCCUUUUUGGUUUUGAGUUCUUUCACUUCGAACUAUCUCUCAAAUCAGCUGCAAAUCUCUCCGUGACUUGCAUGAUUUCAAGUCGCCGUCACUGAAUUUUAAACUGAUCUGAUGGCGGCGGCGGCAAUGGCGACGGCGGCGGGCGCGGCGGUGAUCCUGUACAUCGUGCUGAUUCGUAGGUUAUCGGCGUCUAAGGGAGAAGAGGAAAGAAGAGACGGCGAGCACCUGAGAUCGAAGAGGAGGGUACCGCGGAGGCCUGCUCAGGCGCCUGCCACGUGGCUCGAGGCGAUGGCUAUGGUCUCCGAGACGCUUAGGUUUACGUAUUCGGAGACGUUGGGUAAAUGGCCCAUAGGCGACUUGGCUUUUGGAAUCAAGUACCUCAUGCGACGGCAGGGUAAUGUACAAGUUGCAAGUGUAUAUGCAGGAGAUGAGGGAGUAAGACUCAGAGGCCCGGAAAUAAUUGCUGAUUUGAAUCAGUAUUUGAGUUUGUUAACAUUCUGCAUGCUUUUCUCAAAGAAGCCUUUUCCUGUAUUUUUGGAAUCUGCUGGAUUCUCUGGGGCAGAUGUCCUUCUUCAGAAGCCCAAAGCAGGGCUUCUGAAGCCUGCUUUUACAAUUUUGUGCGACAAAAGUUCAAGGAGUUUUCUUCUGCUGAUUCGGGGUACUCAUAGUAUCAAGGAUACACUCACUGCAGCUACAGGUGCGGUGGUCCCUUUUCACCAUUCAGUUUUGCAUGAUGGUGGGAUAAGUAACCUGGUUUUAGGAUACGCGCACUGUGGGAUGGUUGCUGCUGCUCGUUGGAUCGCCAAGCUUAGCACUCCUUGCCUUCUGAAGGCUCUUGAUGAAUAUCCCGACUACAAAGUUAAGAUUGUAGGCCAUUCUCUGGGUGGCGGCACUGCUGCAUUGUUGACAUAUAUUCUUCGAGAGCAGAAAGAGUUCUCUUCGAGCACUUGUGUCUCAUUUGCCCCAGCUGCCUGUAUGACAUGGGAUUUGGCGGAAUCAGGCGAACACUUCGUCACCACAAUUAUCAAUGGCUCUGAUCUAGUUCCUACAUUCUCAACUUCUUCUAUUGAUGAUCUUCGGACUGAGGUCACAGCAUCUUCUUGGUUAAAUGAUAUGCGUGAUCAAAUUGAACACACAAGAGUCCUAAAUGUUGUCUACCGCUCUGCAACUGCUUUAGGAUCUCAUCUGCCGAGGGUUGCUGUUGCUGGUGCUCUUUUGCAACCUGUCUCCAGCAGUACUCAGGUUGUGAUGAAGCGUGCACGGAAUGUAGCUCAGGCCGUUGUAAAGACCCGCUCAUCACUGUCAUCAUGGAGUUGCAUAGGUGCACGACGCCGUUCGGUGGGACCUCUAUCAAACCCUAAAGAAGAGGAUUCGCCUGGUACGGCUCUUAUAGUUGAAAGAACUUCAGAAUCUCUCGUGACUGAAGUGGUAACUAGCGAUCCAACGAUGACCAGAGCAGUGACUUGUGGGUCAGGGCAUGGUGAUGACUUAGACGAAGAAGAUAUGGCUGAAAGUGAGUUAUGGCUUGAACUGGAGAAGGAACUCAACGGGGACAAUUUUGAAGCCAAUGUUACAGCAAAGGAAGAAGAAGAAGAAGAAGAAGCCGCAGCAGAAAAAGAAAUUACUGAAGAGGAAAAGGCAUUUGCCCAUAAUGCAUUGGAAAGCAAGAAGCCUAUCUCUUCAUCGGACGUUUCAGAGAGCCACCGAUUUUUUCCACCUGGGAAAAUCAUGCAUAUGGUUUCUAUUCCUAUCUCGGAUACUAGUGAUUCUGGUAACGACAGUUCCGCCGAGGAAAGUGUUGGUAUUUACAAGACUCCUAGAGAAUUGUAUAGUAAACUCAGACUUUCGAGAACAAUGAUUAACGAUCAUUAUAUGCCUAUGUACAAAAGGACGAUGGAACGAUUGAUUAGGGAACUGGAAAUGGAUGAAGCUUGUAGUUGUACAACAUGAAAUGAUUUUGUUGUAUAGUUGAUUUAUGUAUGGGAUACGCCUUGUGUUAGUAGAGAUGUAUUUAUCAUUCAAACAAAGUCGAUGUUAUCGCGAAGUGGUUUAUUUUACUCAGUAAUAUGAUGUGCCUAAUUUUCUGUA